CUUUGCCUACUUUACCCUUACAACUUCCUCCUAAGUUCUAACUCUUUUUGGAGUUCUGGUUCGGUCAAGGAUCAACAGAGACAUUGACUAAGUUCAGAGACUAUACGGCCAUGGAUGUUGUCAGUCAGUUGCAGAGACAGUUCCUUGAUUACGCUUCAUCUCUUUAUCGGAUACGUGGAUGAUCAGUUCUAUCAGUUGCAGAAACUGCAAGAUGAGAGUAACCCAGAUUUUUUGGUGGAAGUUGUUUCCACAUAUUUUAAUGACUGUCAGAAGCUUGUUCAGAGUAUGGCCCAAGCUCUAGAGCAACAGAAUGUAGACUUUAAGCUGGUAGAUUCCCAUGUCCAUCAACUUAAGGGUAGCAGUUCGAGUGUUGGUGCAGUGAAACUUAAAAAUGCAUUCAUUGUCUUCAGAACUUUUUGUGAGGCCCAGAACCAGGAAGGUUGCUUGAGAUGCCUGCAACAAGUGAAUCAGGAGUACUCUGUAUUGAAGAACAAACUUCAACAGCUGUUUAGAAUACUUCCUACUGAAGCUCCUAAAUUGGGUUUUAGUUAUUUUUCUCCCUAUUUGGUCACUGUAGUUGGAGCAACAGAUCAUUGCUGCCGGUGGGUCAAUUCCUAUGAUGGAAUGAAGAUGCUGGUGUUAUUCCCUAGUGAUGAAGCAUAGAGACUGAACUGAUAUUUGUCACAGCUACUUUUAUUUGAUUUUUUUUUUUUGACCAAAUUCCAGCUCCUUUGAGUUGAUGCAGGAUUGUCUUAGGUUAUUUCUGAAGGCUGUAUUAGAGGAGAUUGCAUGUGUGAAUAAAUUUUCUACCCCUUCUGUUGAAAA